GUAACAACCAGCUCUUCAGCUUACCAAAAGGGAUUGGCAGUAUGGGAGAGCUCCAGUGUCUUGAUGCUAGUAUCAAUAAUCUAAAAUGUCUACCUGCCAAUUUCGAGUCACUGGAAUCACUUCGAGUGUUGCAUUUGGCCGAUAAUUUCUUAGUAUACUUGCCAGAAAAGAUGGGUAAUCUGAAGGCUCUUGAAACGCUCUCAAUAAGAAACAACGAUGUGAAGAAACUGCCCGUGAGCCUGGGUGAUUGCGAUCAGUUGAAGGAACUAAUGAUACAAAACAAUCAACUGGAAAUUCUACCAUCAAGUUUGGGGAAAAGGUCCUUCCAUUUCAAGGAUAUGACCCUGAAAAUGGCGGACAACCCGUAUAUCCCGGAAUUAGAUGAACAAGCCUGUAAAGGAAUGCAGACGCUGAUGGAGUAUCUGUUAUCUCCCACUUAUAAAAAUGUGCUACGCCAGCAUGCAGAGCAAAAGUUUGCAGAUGAGCAAGCUACUGCCGAGGCAGCAACCGCAGCUAAAAAGGCCGGGAAGAAGAAACCCGCAAAGGAGAAGACGAAAGCAAUAGAAGAAACAGCGAAAGAGAAAAUGGAGCGAAAGGAACGCAAGGAGAAGCUGGACGUGCGAGCGAAGAAGCGGAAAGAAAUGGAGAGACAACGAGAAAAGUACGAGAAGGAUCUACUCAAAGCGUCUGGUGGUGGCAAGAAACUUGGCGCAGUAUCCUCUGCAGGGAGUCGCAUGAAAAUCAACACAACAAAAGUCGCAGGAGAAUCAUAA